UUGUUUUCGUAACAUUACCUAUCCAACUUGCUCCCGUUUCUCUAUUGGCUCUAUAAAUUCUAACUAGCCCUUCCCCUCAAGACACAUUCCAUAUUUUCAUACAAGAACCAAUACUAUUACUAUAGGCACGUAGAAGGGGAAACAAAGGUUAAUAAAACAAAAAAAGGAAAGGGAUGGAUACUGGAACCUAUGGAUAUCCCAAACAAGGAGUGAAAAAGAUUGAUCCGUCCUAUGAUGUUCCAGAAGAAGUGGACAUUCGGGGAAGAUAUGAUGAGGAGUUUGCAAAAAUCCUCACAAAGGAUGCUCUGAAGUUUGUUGCUGAGUUGCAACGUGAGUUCAGGAGCCAUAUAAGGUAUGCUCUGGAGUGCAGAAAAGAGGCAAAGAGGAGGUACAAUGAAGGGGCUCUGCCGGGGUUCGAUCCGGCGACGAGGUACAUAAGGGAAGGGGAGUGGGUGUGUGCACCGGUUCCACCGGCUGUGGCUGAUAGGAAGGUAGAGAUCACAGGACCUGUGGAGAGGAAGAUGGUUAUCAAUGCUCUCAACUCUGGAGCUAAAGUCUUUAUGGCUGAUUUUGAAGAUGCACUCUCACCAAGCUGGGAGAAUCUUAUGAGGGGUCAAGUGAACUUGAAGGAUGCAGUGGCUGGGACUAUAACCUUCAACGACAAAGCCAGGAACAAGGUUUACAAGCUCAACGAUCAGACAGCUAAGCUUUUUGUCAGACCAAGAGGUUGGCACCUACUCGAGGCCCAUAUUUUCAUUGAUGGUGAACCAGCAACCGGUUGCCUUGUUGAUUUCGGCCUCUACUUUUACCACAAUCAUGCACCGUUCCGCCAGACUCAGGGUGCAGGCUUUGGCCCUUUCUUCUAUCUUCCAAAAAUGGAGCACUCAAGGGAAGCUAAGAUAUGGAAUAAUGUGUUUGAGAGGGCAGAGAAGAUGGCAGGCAUAGAAAGGGGAAGCAUACGGGCCACUGUUCUGAUUGAAACACUUCCUGCUGUGUUUCAAAUGAACGAAAUUCUGCAUGAGCUGAGGGACCACUCCGUUGGUCUCAACUGUGGCCGUUGGGAUUACAUUUUCAGUUAUGUCAAGACCUUCCAAGCUCACCCGGAUCGGCUGCUCCCGGACAGGGUUCUUGUUGGCAUGACUCAGCACUUCAUGAAGAGCUACUCUGACCUUCUCAUCCGGACGUGUCAUAGGCGUGGCGUGCAUGCUAUGGGAGGCAUGGCAGCUCAAAUUCCAAUUAGAGAUGAUCCAGCUGCUAAUGAGGCAGCACUGGAACUGGUAAGGAAGGACAAACUAAGAGAAGUAAAGGCAGGGCACGACGGAACAUGGGCAGCACACCCCGGUCUGAUACCAGCCUGCGUGGAGGUUUUUAACAACAACAUGGGCAAUGCUCCUAAUCAGAUCAAGGACGCGAAGCGCGAUGAUGCUGCAAGCAUAACUGAAGAAGACCUCUUGCAAAUACCUAGAGGUGUACGUACAAUGGAUGGUCUCCGCUUGAAUACACGUGUCGGUAUUCAGUAUGUGGCGGCAUGGCUCACUGGAUCUGGUUCAGUUCCUCUUUACAACCUCAUGGAAGAUGCUGCCACUGCUAAGAUUAGCAGGGUGCAGAAAUGGCAGUGGAUCAAGUAUGGAGUGGAGUUGGAUGGGGAUGGACUCGGAGUAAGAGUGAGCAAGGAGCUCUUCAGCCGAGUGGUUGAGGAAGAGAUGGCUAGGAUUGAAAGUGAGGUGGGAAAAGAUAAAUUCAAGAAGGGAAUGUAUAAGGAGGCUUGCAAGAUCUUCAAAAGGCAGUGCACUGCUCCAACACUGGAUGAUUUUCUGACCCUGGAUGCCUACAAUUACAUAGUCAUACAACACCCCAAGGGACCAGCAAAGCUUUGAAUUUUGAAAUGCUUCAUUAUGUCUAAUAGUUUGCUGUUAGUUUGG